UAUAGGAAGGCUAGAAACAUGCAGACUAUCAAAGAAAAGUUGAAUGACAUGAGUCAUAUGCGCAAGGCCAAGGCUCAGGCAAAGGAGGAGGAAAAGGAAGAGGUAGAUUUGGCUAAAACAAGAAUUCAAGUUGCAAAAGAGGUAAGACUGGCAAGGGAGGCAGAAGCUGCAAUGGAUCUACAUGUGAACAAAGCUGCAGAAAAGGUGGCACAACAAGAGGCCAAGUAUUCACAAACCAAGAAUGCUAACCAACUCCCACCUGAUGCUAUAAUAGAUCCUGAUUAUGGUGCUAGCCUGGGCAAUGAGGGCUACUCCACUCCUCACCAGACUUGUGGGGAGGACUGCCAAGGUCCAUAUACUGGUCAUGGCACCACCAGCAAACUUGCCUCCAACGCUGCUGCCACAGGAACUGGCAAUCUUGCCUCCAACACUGCUGCUAUGGGAACUGGCUAUCCAACUAACACGGCUGGGGGUCCUCCUACAAACAAUAUUCUUUAGAUUUUGGAUGUAAUUCUUUAGAUUUUGCAGUCCUUUUUCGUAAUGUUAGUUUCUCUAUUUCUCAAGCUGCUUGAAUUCAACAAGCAGCAAUAUUGCUUUUCGAUUUCGUAUCAUCAAACCCUUUUUUGUGUGUUUUCUUCGUAUUGCACUUUGGAAAGUUCUUUUGUA